AAGGAAAGAAGAAGAAAACCGCGCACAAUAUUCUACACAAAUUUUUAUCUUCCCAUUGGCCAGACAAAGUUUUCGCCAUCCAAAAUCGCAACUUUUUCUCCCCUUUACCAUUCACCCUUUGCCAUUUGAUUUCGUUUUCCCCAAUUUCAUCUUCAAACAAUCUAAAAACCGUUGGUCGAUGCCGCCUGUCUCCGCAUUGGAUCAAACGCCGUCGUCUUCUGCGCACGAAUCGAGCACCGUCGUCAGAUUCUCAAGCCUUCGCGGAGUACGAUGGCGCAUCGAUCUCGGCGUCCUGCCGAGUUCUUCUUCUUCCAUCGUUGAUCUCCGGCGUGUCGCUGCAGAUUCCAGGAGGAGAUAUGCCAAUCUGAGACGAAGGCUUAUAGUCGAUCCUCAUCUCUCAAAGGAUGAUAUCAAUUCUGAUCUUGUCAAGGACAAUCCAUUAUCACAAAGCCCAGAUAGCAUUUGGAGCCGCUAUUUUAGGAAUGCUGAAGUGGAAAAGAUGCUUGAUCAGGAUUUGUCACGGUUGUAUCCUGAUCAGGAAAGUUAUUUCCAGACAACCACAUGCCAGACUAUGUUGAGACGAAUACUUCUUUUGUGGUGCCUUAUUCAUCCAGAAUGCGGAUAUAGGCAAGGAAUGCAUGAACAACUAGCUCCACUUUUGUAUGUUCUUCAUGUUGAUCUCCAGUACCUUUCACAUGUACGUGGACAAUAUGAAGACCACUUCAAUGAUGAAUUUCAAGGGGUAUCUCUUCCUGAAACUGACUUGAGUGCCAACUAUAGGUUUGAGAAAAUCAUGAAUCGGAACAUAGGAACUGAUGGAGAUAAUAGUUCACAAGGGAAAACUGCCAAAGUGAGAAGCCUUGAUGAGCUAGAUCCUGAAACAAAGGACAUUUUUUUUAUGAGCGAUGCUUAUGGAGCAGAAGGAGAGUUGGGUGUCAUCUUAUCAGAAAAAUUCAUGGAGCACGAUGCCUACUGCAUGUUUGAUAUUUUAAUGAAUGAUGCCCAUGGUGUGGUUGCGAUGGCAGAAUUCUUCUCUCCUUCUCCCUCCAUUGGGUCCAGUACAGGAUUGCCUCCCAUAAUUGAAGCUGCCUCAGCAAUUUAUCAACUCCUUGCUACCGUUGAUUCAUCUCUUCACAGUCAUCUGGUUGAGCUUGGUGUAGAGCCUCAGUACUUUGCAAUGAGAUGGCUACGUGUUUUAUUUGGACGAGAAUUUCCACUAGAGGAUCUUUUGAUAAUGUGGGACAAAAUAUUCUCUUACCCUAACAAUAAAAAUUUUCCACAUCAGGCAAAUGAGCUAGAAUUUAGAUGCAGGAUAUUGUGCUCACCUAGGGGAGCAUUUAUCCUAGCAAUGGCUGUUUCUGUUCUACUUCACCUGAGAUCUUCACUUCUAGCCACUGAUUUUGCAACAGCUUGUCUCCAGAGGUUAUUAAAUAUUCCUGAAGACUUAAAUGUCAAGAAGUUGAUCGAGAAAGCAAAGUCACUGCAAGCUCUUGCUCUGGACUUGGUUUUCUCCUCUUGUUCUCAGGGAGGAACCUCUAGAUAUAAUCGUGAAGGUAGAAGAGGACAUAGCCUUUCCUAUGGUUCUAGCCCAAUCACUCCAAAUCAACUAUCAGACAGCUACUGGGAAGAGAAGUGGAGAUCUAUGUAUGCAUCAGAAGAACUUAAAAAGGGAAAUAGCACCACUACCACUUCGAGUGAUAAGAAAAAGGAAGCAGUAGCUAGAAAGUUCAGUCUAUCAAGGACAGGAUCUGUUCCUUGUCCAAUGGAGAUACCAAACAAAAAUGGAGGACCUUCUGAUGAGAAAACUAUUGUAGACAGUAAUACUGAAAAUGACCAAAGUAAGUAUAGAUGUGGAAUUCCCAGUACUUCAGAGGUAGAAACAGAAUCAUAUUUUCAUGGGGAACAGGAUGAUCAAAAUAUCAAGAGAAAGCAAUCAGACGUUGCUGGCGAAACAUGUUUUAGUGCUGAGAAUUUGUCAACAAUGACCAGUCCCCUUAGAAUGGUCAAUGACCAUGAGUAUGACUCAGAUGAAAGUAGUGCCACAUCAAGUUCGUUGGUUGUUGAUUCUUAUGAUGAGAUUAAUCAUGUGGAAGAGCCAUGUAGUUACAUUAUUGAUAAGGAAGGUAUCACCAAGUGUAUAAGCGAAAGUGGACAUGGAUCAGGUAGAGAAGAAACAGAUGCAGCACCUCUAAAGCAGCAGAAACCACUUGCUGGUAGAUUUCAGUUGUUUCAAAAAUCUAAUAGAGGCGGUUGUCAAGGUAACCUAGAAAAUGGAACAGCUGAAUCUAAAACAUCCUUGUUGAUGCAGAUUGUUGCACUAUUUCUGUUCUACAAAUUUAAUCAUCCACGCUGUAAUUCCUUUUCAGUGCAUGAAAGGAUGAAAGAUGAGGACAAAGAUAUCAAUGUGACUUUAAGAACUAUCGGAAAGUCCAUGUUUGAUAAAAUACAGAUCAUUGAGUUGGCCUUAAAGAAAGAUCAAAUCCCUGAAAAUUCUGGAAAUAGCAGGUCGAAUGCAGAUGAUCUCGGACAACAGCAAAUUGCGGCAUUUGCAGCCCUCGAUGAACUUCAGAAGAUUAGCAAUUUGUUAUCUGAGAUGUAACACGAUAGCAAUAUGUACAUAGAUCGUUAUAUAUGAUUGUUUCCUCUUUUUCUCUAAGUACAUAAUCCAAAAUAUCAUCAUUUGUAGGUGUCUCCUUAUUCAAUCUAUUUGGGGGCAACGAAAGUGAGAUUUUGUAGAUAAGUCCAACUUGUACAUAAAAUUCUAAUGUCCAAGUGUGUUGAUUGAGAUUUUUUUUCCUU